CGUAGCAUUGCGUGAGCAGCAGCUUUGGCAGUGAACAUCAGCGGCAGCAGAAAUACCACAGCCGAAUUUUGCCAGCCUCCAAAAAGGCACGAUGAAGUCCAGCCUCAUCAACAUCCUCGUCCUCGCAACGAGUGCAGCACUGGCUCGGACAGCUCCGCACGCGGGCCUGUCCGCGGAUGACACACCCGAGGAUGGGAGCCAUGUCGCUGUGGUCGCUCCAUCCGUAACAACAGUAGCAGCAGCACCAGCCAUUAAGACCUCCCUCGUCGCCUCAGCAGUUUACAACAUCGACAGCGUCGACGCUGACGAGUCGCGCCGCAGCUGCUGGCGCAUCAUGCGCGUCGCGGCCUGCGUGACGGCGGCGUACAUGCUCGGCAACCUCACCGCCAUCGAAGAGUGCAUCGACGGCAACUGGGAUGACCUAUGCGAAUGCUCAGACAUCUUCCCCGGUCUGGACGACUGGCUCGAGCAGAACCGGCCGUGCCAGAAGCACUGAGUCACCGGCUUCCACCAGUCUAUCAUCUCCUACGAAUACUGCUACUACUACUACUCACCACCCAUCCACCCAACCCUGUCCCCACGAUCACCAUAAUUAUACAAAAGAAGAGCGAGGGAUGAGAUUUCAGGACAGGUCAGGGGCAAGACAAGUUGCAGCACUCUUUCACGCGCGCGCCCACGGAGAAGGGGGAAGGGGCGGGUGCUGGUAGGCGUGGGUGAGACACAAUACGCAUAUCGCCCGUGUGAUCCACCGCGCCGAGAGAGGACAAAAAAGCCCCAAUACAAGGCACUGUCAGACCAUAUGCGCCGCCUAUUCGAGUCUGUUACUUGGCAUUAACAUUGAGAGGGUGGUGGGACUGGCAAGCAGAUUACAUGUCCUCGCAUUCACGAACCAGCUCGCGCAUCAAUCGUAAGGCAUGUAUGACCAGU